AAUCCACGAGGAGAGGGAGGAAGAGGAGAGGAAGCAUAGAGGAAGAUCUCAGCGACAAAUCUCACGGAGGCACAGGCGGAACUUCAAGUCCAGAACAUUUUUACCAGAUUAUUUUUUUCAAAAUCAUGACGCACUGUGACGACACUGUGCGUGCGGCGCACUUGCCCGCAGACCGACGCGCGGGCAGCGAUGUCACGCAGGAAGAGCACGUGGAGCGCGCCGGGUCCGUCCGUUUCGGAGCACAACUUUCUGUCAUAACGUGAAGCUCCAACUCAACAAUUGGGAUUAAGUGUUGAUCUCGACGGGGUUGAAUUCAAACCAACGCUGAGUUCACAUUCUUCUUUCUUUUCUUACAUCGCGGGAGAUGGAGGCGCUCGUGAGGAUAUUAGUCAUAAACUUUUUACUGCGCCGGGCUCCUGCAGACGCACAGAUGGGGUUUGAUGGCCCUCUCUCCGCACAGGAGCAGAUGUACAUCCUCUAUGAAGUCAAACUGCAGUGCUACCAGAACCUCACCAGCGCUGAGCCCGGGUCCACAGAUGAGGUGUGCCCUCCAGACUGGGACGGUCUUAUUUGUUGGCCCCACGGUUCCCCCGGGCUGGUCUCCAAGGUCCCCUGCCCGUCUUACAUUUAUGACUUCAACCACAAAGGACAUGCUUAUAGGAAGUGUGAUGUGAACGGUUCCUGGGUGUUCGUCGACCACUGGAACAAAACAUGGACCAACUACUCAGAGUGUCUGGGUUUCUUUCAGCCCCCCGAUGAGGAAGGGAGGCGAGACUUCUUCGAGCGCCUGUACGUCAUGUACACCACCGGCUACGCCGUGUCCUUCAGUUCUCUGCUGGUGGCCAUCUUCAUCAUUGGAUACUUCAGGCGUCUUCACUGCACCAGGAACUACAUCCACAUGCACCUGUUUGUGUCCUUCAUGCUCCGGGCGGUCAGCAUCUUUGUGAAGGAUAAAGUCGUCCAUUCCAGCGCCGGACUGCAGGACUUUGAUUCCGCCCUGUUGGACAACUUAAAGACCGUCACCAUGGCACCACUGGACAAUACUCAGUAUAUUGGCUGCAAGGUGACAGUGCUCCUCUUCAUCUAUUUUCUGGCCACCAACUACUACUGGAUCCUGGUAGAAGGCCUCUACCUCCACAGCCUCAUCUUCAUGGCCUUCCGAUCAGACUCCAAAUACCUGUGGGGCUUCACCCUCAUCGGAUGGGGUGUUCCAGCUGUUUUUGUGUCGGUGUGGGCGGUUGUCAGGGCUACGCUAGCAGACGCAAGGUGUUGGGAGUUAACCGCUGGCAAUAUUAAAUGGAUCUACCAGGCUCCCAUUCUGACCGCCGUCGGGCUCAACUUCAUCUUGUUUGUGAACAUUGUACGGGUGCUGGCCACCAAAAUCCGUGAGACGAAUGCGGGAAGAUACGACACCAGGAAACAGUACAGGAAACUGGCAAAGUCCACCCUGGUGUUAGUGCUGGUGUUUGGCAUACACUACAUCCUCUUUGUCGGGAUGCCUCAUACAAUGGAAGGAUCUAGCUGGGAAGUCCGCAUGUACUGUGAGCUGUUCUUCAAUUCCUUUCAGGGCUUCUUUGUGUCCAUUAUCUAUUGCUUCUGCAACGGAGAGGUCCAGACAGAGAUAAAGAAAACAUGGACACGUUGGAACUUGGCCUUUGAGUGGGAGGGUCCGGUGGUUUGCGGCCGCUACCGUUACGGCUCCGUUGUCGUCGGGAUCAACAACAACAGCACCAGCAGCCAGUCCCACCUGGCGGGGGCGGGCCCUUCCACGCGCUCUACCAACAUUGCUUCAAGCCGCGCUUGUCGGAACGCGGGCCCUCCCGUGGUCAGCACCCUGCCAGGAUAUGUGAUCAGUAGCUCGGACCCGUCCAUACCUGAGGAACCCGAGGACGGCGGCCCCAAGCAGGUGGACGAUAUCUCGCUGAAAGAAAAUGCACCUGUUGUCAGUACGAGUGCGACAGCUGAGGACGAGGACGAAACCCUGUAGCCUUCGUCCAUCGCCAAAGCAUGAAAAGGCAAAGAUUUAGUGGCACCCCGUGGUUGUGUUGCAGAUUGCAACCGACUGAAUACACAUCUGGAGUCAUUUUUGCUGCAGAACCAUGACCUCAAGGACAACGACAAAUGUUAUGUUCGCUAUGUUCAUAUAAUAAUUUCCUUUUUUUAAUGAAGACACUUUCAGAUGAUUAAAAUGAUUUUCCAUUCAUGCCAAAACAUGGAAAUCAUCUAUGUUGAUUAUAGUUUGAUAGAAAUAGGGGACCUGACAUGUUUAAUACGUCUGUUUAUACUAUGAGGUGCCAAAAGAUCAAAUGCAACUUAUUCAACAAGCAAAACCGAUCUAGAUAGAUAGUAGCUAGUUUCACAAUCCCUCUGACUGAAGGUGUUCAUUUCCCACUUUGAGGGAGAGCCUUACAUGUCCUGCUUUGGCAUUGAGAACCACUUAAGAAAGUGAUUAAUCACCCUAAGUAAACGGUACACAUGAACACUUGACAUGUGGGGUUAGAUAAAUGCUGUUCAUUCGUUUACAAUAAAAGUUAUACGCAUGAUUGCUGCAGAAGAAAACUCAUCUCCUUGAAUGUGUCAACAUGAUGAGCCUUUCUUCUUCCCAAGGUGUUACUGAAAUUGAACAAUUUUUAUGUCAUUUUCUCGACUUGUUCCAAAGCACCUGCGAGACCGACACAAUUACACACGAUUGAUAAGUAGCACUACAGGUAACUGCAGUCUAGAUUUAUUUUGGUGUGAUCUGCUAAGUGUCUGAUAUUUGCUGAAGUUGCGUUGGCUUUCUUUCCAAUCUAUUGGAACUAGAAGACACUCGGCUUGUGGCGUUUCAAGUGCCAAAUAGAAACUAGACAGCAAUUUAACUCUCCAGAUAUCAUGACCUGGGUACUCAAAAUGAUCCACCAACCUUGUGAGCAGUUUCACUUUUACAGUUUGUAGCUUCUUGAUACUGUUCUCCUACUCAGCUGGACACCAUUCAUGUUUACAUCUUGUUCUGUCAGGAGCAAGAGCCCCAUGUGAUGUAAAUAUAAUUGUAAGUUGAACUUAAUAUGAACAGUUCCUUUAAGAAAAGCAUUUUGCAUUAGAAUCCAGAUUUAUUGUUGUAUCAACUGUUCUGCUGACUGUGAAGGGCUACAUUAAGGCUGCUUUAAGUUCCGUAGGUGCAUGCAUGUUUGUUAAUCUAUCAAAUGCAGUGGAAAAAUAGGAGAUUUAUUGUAAAUGUGUGUCUCCUGCCCCAGCAGAAGCCUGGAAAGAAAUUUAAGGAGUCUUUUCAAUUAUGUCUUGUUGUGUAUGUGCUUUUCCACCCUACCCACCUCUUGGUUUUGGUGAUGCUAAAUCACGUAAAUGCUUACACUUUGGCAUUCCUGCUUGUUGGUGACAGAUGUUUUUUUACAAUUUACCUCAAAAAAUGUAUUGCCACACACAGAAAAAUACCAUUUUAUGUGUUAUAAAACAUGAACUGAAAUAUUGUUUUGUGGCCUUUCAACAGUAUUUUUCAGACUGACUUCAAAACCAAUGUUAAUGGUUUCUAUGGGUCCCUUGAAAUACAGUCUAUAUCCCCUUAUGCACAGCAGGAAUGCUGUGUGUGUGUGUGUGUGUAAAACCGUGUGUACUGUUGAUAUUAGGACAUUCAUUUGAGUUGUUCGUUGCUAGAAUGAGGCAACAGCACAAGGUAUGUUUGCUGUAGUUAGCCAGGAUGUUGUUGGCUAAUGGAGUCAUAGAUUUGCCUGUCAACGGAUAUCUGAAAUUUGAAUUUGUUAAAAAUCCUCACUGUAACCACUGAAAAGACAGGGGAGUGGCACAAAAAAGUCUUCUGAUAUAAAAUGGCAUAAAUUCAGGCGAUAGAUACCUUUCUCAUCCGUUGACUCUACUCCCCAUUAACACAUUUGUUAUAAAAGCAUUUUAAUCAAUAUGUCUGUGCCGUAUAAUAAGCAGUCCAAUGUUUUACAGAGAUGCUGUAUGUCACGUGCGGUCAUUAUUCAGUCCAAGCAAGAUGCAGGAUCAUAUUCAAAAUUGUCUGGAUAUCUUUAUGAGGCUUUAUGUCUUGCUGGCUGCAGCAGAGGACAUGGUACGUGAAUCAAUUUCAGCACAUUUGUAGACCCUCUAUGACUUUUUAAAGUCAAUCAGCUCUUGCAGCCGCAGAGCGUCUCUCCCUUCCUCUCUCAUCCUCUCUCAUCCUCGCUGUGCCACUCAGGCAGAAUGGGGUUACUAUGGUUACAGGCAUCGGUGUCGCCAGUUCAUUUGUCAGGGCUUAACCCUAAACAUUUGAGUGUAGGCCCAUAGAUGAUUUUAAAUGUGAGCCGAUGUGAAACUUGAUUUUUUUAAAAAGUAAUUUGUUUAAUAGGCUCAUGACGUACAUAGCAGCAUGUCAAAAUUAAUGCCGGUCUUUAAAAUAAUUGUGUGUGUGGAUGGUUGUUAGGCUUGAGUGACUCAAAAUUACAGCAAAGCAGCCUCACUAUACAUUUCUUGUUUAGCCAGCGCAAUUCAAGUCUGGAAAAUAAUCAUUUUUUCAGUGCGCUAGGCUUCACGCUUAAAUGCUUUAACAAUAAAGACGUCUUAUGUAAAUAUGGUUUGUGAGUGCAUUAAAGCUUCAACGUAAUAAAGUCCAGGUGUGAUGCAUUGACGUUGA